CAAGGACAGCAUCCUGAGGGGCCAGAGUUGCGGGGACCCCCACCGGAAUAUCCAUAUGUCAUCCCUUCCCAGGACGCUUACCUGGCUGAACCCCAACCCUGCUCCCGGGAAGGCCCUGGAUUUCAGCAUCCUGACAUCAGGGUGCUGCCCACCCACUUCCCCACCGCUUUCCUGCCGCCACCAAGCACCCUGUGCCCAGGCACCCUGGGUCCCGCUGGCGUGGAGGCCCUGGUGAGUGCCCAGGUGGUCUCGGCCAGCAGCCACCUGGCCCGGGCAGAUGCAGUCCUGCAGGAGAACGAGAGGCUUCAGCGGGAGAGCGAGAAGCUGCGGCGGGAGCUGGAGAGCUGCGCUGAGAAGGCGAGCCGCAUCCAGAAGCUGGAGAGCGAGAUCCAGCGCAUCUCUGAGGAUUACAAAAACCUCGUCCAGGCAUCUUCCAAGCGGGAAGCCUUGGAGAAAGCCAUGAGGAACAAGAGAGAUGGCGAGAUGCGACGGCUCCAGGACUUCAACCGGGACCUGAAAGAGCGGUUGGAAUCAGCAAACAAGCAGCUGGCCAGCAAGACCCAAGAAAGCCAGGAGAGCAACCAGGGCAGCGUGGCCAAACUCCUGGCACAGAGCUACGAGCACCAGCAGGAGAAGGAGAAGCUGGAGCGGGAGGUGUCCCUGCUGCGCAGCGCCAACGAGGACCAGCGGCGACGGGCAGAGCUGCUGGAGCAGGCACUAGGCAGCGCCCAGGCACGGGCGGCCAAGGCAGAGGCUGAGUUGCGGAAGAAGCGGGCCUAUGUGGAGAAGGUGGAGCGGCUGCAGGCAGCCCUGGGCCAGCUCCAGGCUGCCUGUGAGAAGCGGGAGCAGCUUGAGCUGCGGCUCCGUGCCCACACGCUCUCUGAGCAGCUGAGGGAGAAGGAGGAGAAGAUCCUGGCCCUGGAGGCUGACAUGACCAAGUGGGAGCAGAAGUAUCUGGAGGAGUGCACCAUGCGGCAGUUUGCCAUGGACGCUGCGGCCACCGCGGCCGCCCAGCGGGACACCACCCUCAUCAGCCAUUCCCCGCGGCACUCCCCCAACAGCAGCUUCAACGAGGACCUCCUCCUGGCCAGCCACAAGCACCAGGAGAUGGAGAGCAGGUUAAAAGCCCUUCAUGCCCAAAUCCUGGAGAAGGAUGCCGUCAUCAAGGUCCUGCAGCAGCGCUCGCGGAGGGACCCCAGCAAAGCCCUACAGGGCUCCCUGCGGCCAGCCAAGUCCGUGCCUUCCAUCUUUGCUGCCUCCACCACCCUGAGCUGGCCGGGGGCUGGCCAAAGCGACCGGCUAGCCGAGAGCAGCUGCCAUAGCAGCACAGGCAAAGCCACCGCUGAAGGAGCAGUAGCACCUGCUGCGCUUCCCCUGCCCUCCCACUCCAAGCACGGCAGCAAGGACGGCAGCACGCAGACAGACGGGGCGGCUGAGAGCAGCGGCCAGGGCGAGGGCACUGAGCGCCCGGCUGGUUUGCUGGAGAGCUCGGCCACUGCCAGAGCCCCAGACCUGUCUGACAUGGUGGAGAUCCUGAUUUAA